CGGUGGCAAAUCACCCCCUUUAUUAACAUCGGCACCAUCCUUCCGUUAUCUUUUAACAGUUCGCUCAUAAGCCCUUCCUCCGUCGAUGUCGUCACGUACCACCGACCCAGAAGUCAUUUUCAAGUUGGCUCUCCGCGUGGUCUGUGUCUCCUGGCAAUAUGCCGCUCGAUUACUCUAUUUACGCUAUCCCGGACUCAAAUCCAAUGCUUUAUUAGUAUUGCUUUCGUCGGAGAAUCAAACAGGCCGGCAAUGGAUCUACGACUAUUGCUCCCACAAAAUCCACAGGAUUUUUCUACCACAACUCCAGGGAGGAUGUGCCACCGUUAAGCUUCCUCCUGAGAAACGAUUCAGGAGGCCGAAAAUCUGCUGGAUGAGUUCCAAGAAGUCGAAGUUUACGAGGGUGAUCACCUCCACCAUUCCGAUUAGACCUGGCAAACGGGCGGGUUGGGUCGGGUUAGGGUCGGGUCAACUCGGAACAGGGGAUCAUGCAUGGAUCAAAAUAAACAACUUCAUGGGACGGUGUUCCGAUGCAAUAUUCUACAAGGGUGACUUCUACGCCAUUGAUUUUUACGGUUACAUCUGGGUUAUUCAACCUACCGCCAACAACUUUCAGAAAGCAGUGAAACUAAGUGUAGAACCAGUCAAAGAGGGAUGCCAAUGCUAUUACUUGGUGGAGGUGAAGGGUGAUCUGUUGAUGGGGGUGAAGAAACAAUGUUUACUUAGUGCUUGUUAUAUUUACCGAAUGGACUGGGAGAAGAAAUCAUGGGUUCGGAUGAAAGCUAACGGAAUAAUGGUGGCGGUGUUAACAGAGGGGGUGAUUUGCCACUGCAGGUGAGUUGAGGGGGUGAUUUGCGCGUGAAAUGGGUUGAGGGGGUGAUUUGCCACCAAUUGUUGAGUUGAGGGGGUCAUCUGCACCUUCUGCCAAAAAAAUAAUCCUUAAGGUUUCAA